AUGGGCUACCUCGUACCUCGAGAAGCGUUCAGGCCCAAACCAGGCCCAACUUCAUCCACUGUUUUUACCACAUAUGUUGCUAUUCGAGGAAUCUUGAGGGAUAAUUUUGAUUUCGAUUUUCGUUUCGUGUUGGGCUCGAUGGAAGCUGGAGUUGAGGUGGACGGAGGCUCCGCGACGAGGAAGUUGCUCCACCACCACCGCUCGCGGCCGCCGCCGCCGCCUCAGCAGCAGCAGCCGCAGAUAUCGCAGAUUGGAACGGUCCCGCAGCUCCUCGCCGGCGGCAUAGCUGGAGCUUUCAGCAAGACCUGUACUGCUCCUCUAGCUCGCCUCACCAUUCUUUUUCAGAUACAAGGCAUGCAUUCAGAUGUUGCGAGUAUGAGUAAGCCUAGUAUAUGGCGUGAGGCAGUGCGUAUAGUCAAUGAGGAGGGUUUCAGAGCCUUCUGGAAAGGGAAUUUGGUUACUAUAGCUCAUCGUCUUCCUUAUUCUGCAGUCAACUUUUACUCCUAUGAACAGUAUAAAAGAAUUUUAAGAUCAAUUCCAGGCCUUGAUGGUCGAGAGAGAAAUCCAAGUGCGGACAUUUUUGUGCAUUUUGUGGGUGGUGGCUUAGCUGGGAUUACUGCUGCUACUGCCACAUAUCCUUUGGAUCUCGUCAGGACAAGACUUGCUGCACAGAGGAAUGCAAUAUACUAUCAAGGAAUAAGGCACGCACUUCAUACCAUCUGCAGAGAUGAAGGUUUUCUUGGCCUAUACAAAGGACUGGGAGCAACAUUAUUGGGUGUUGGGCCAAGUAUAGCAAUAAGCUUUUCAGUUUAUGAGAGUUUGAGAUCUUCUUGGAAUUCUCAAAGGCCCAAUGAUUCUACAGUUUUGGUCAGCCUUGCUUGUGGCAGUCUUUCUGGCAUUGCAUCUUCUACAGCAACAUUUCCUUUGGACCUCGUGAGGAGAAGAAUGCAAUUGGAAGGUGCAGGUGGUCGAGCCCGGGUGUACAACACUGGAUUAUUUGGCGCGUUCAGACACAUUAUCCAAACGGAAGGCUUUCGUGGGUUGUACCGAGGGAUCAUGCCCGAGUACUACAAGGUUGUACCGAGUGUAGGGAUCGUUUUCAUGACUUACGAAACUUUGAAGAAGCUACUUUCACGCGGACCUUUCAAUUAG